AACUUCGUUAAGUUCGGUGUGGGUGCGGCUGUCUAGAUGCAGAGCACCUGCGGGCGUGGACUCUUGCUGAGCCUGGCUGUGGUGGCGGCGGCAGUGUUGGCAGCACGGCUAAUGGGCUGGUGGGGUCCCCGCGCCGUCUUUCGCCUUUUCAUACCGGAGGAGCUGGCCCGGUACCGCGGCAGGCCAGGGGAUCCGGGCCUUUACUUGGCAUUGCUCGGCCGCGUCUACGACGUGUCCUCUGGCCGAAGGCACUACGAGCCUGGGGCACACUAUAGCGGCUUUGCAGGCCGAGAUGCAUCCAGAGCAUUUGUGACUGGAGACUACACUGAAGCAGGCCUUGUGGAUGAUGUAAUUGAUCUGUCCUUCUCUGAGAUGCUGAUACUUCAAAAUUGGCUUUUAUUCUAUGAGAAGAAUUAUGUUUUUGUUGGAAGGGUGAUAGGAAGAUUCUAUGGAGAAGAUGGGCAGCCAACCCCAGAACUGAUUCAGGUGGAAGCCAUGAUGGUCAAAGGCCUGGAGGCAAAUAAACGGGAACAGAAAGAGAAGCAGAAGUUCCCACCCUGCAAUGCUGAGUGGAGUGCCACCAAGGGUAGCCGGUUCUGGUGUUCCCAAAAGAGUGGAGGUGUGAGCAGAGACUGGAUUGGCGUCCCCAGAAAGCUAUAUAAGCCAGGAGCCAAGGAACCCCGCUGUGUUUGUGUGAGAACAACCGGCCCCCCUAGUGACCAGCUGCCUGACAACCCUACACACACAAAUCGUGGGGACUUGGAUGACCCCAACUUGGGGGAAUACACAGGCUGCCCGCCUCUGGCCAUCACAUGCUCCUUCCCACUCUAAGCCGACACCCUGAAUCUUGAUAACACAGGGAACCCUGCCGAGAACUUACGCUCCUGUGUCCUAGGAUGGCCCCUGGCAUGAGACAGAAAGGUCUUGAAGGAAUCUGACCACAUCCUGCAAAUGUGCCUCACCAUGGGCUCCCCAUUCUGGUGACAGGCAAGAGAUUGGCAGCCAGCCUCAUACUUGUCUGCCUGUUCUGACACUAUUACCCCUAGGCCUAUUUGUGACCUUCCUUCAGAGCCCUCAGAAAUUAAUGGGCACAGAUAUGACCAAUUCAGAAAUAAUGGGAUAAACAAGGGGAAAGCUCUGAGUUUUCUUUCCUGUGGACUCCCAAGCUGCCUAAUCAGCUGCCAGCCUGGGCCCUGCCCAUAACCCCAGCUCUGUCAGCAUCUGAAGCAGUGGCAGAAAGGGGCAGUGUCUCAGCAGAUACAACCCAAGAAACUGUGCACGUUAACAGCACCAGCGGAAGGAAGAACACUUGUGAUCACUGACUUUCAUGACUUUUCUUCUGACUUCCACCCCAAGGCAAACUUGAAUUUACAACCCAAAGCCCGUUGGCUUGAUUAGAGCUCCUGCAAUAAGCAUGGAUAAUAAAAUGGGGUAGGCCAAUUCUGGAAUUGGAAAGUUUUUGCACAUACUUGGCUGCAGCAAAUCCAUGUGUCUCUGAACAAAAUAACAAUUUAAAGCAAGGAUAUUCUUUUAAACACUUAAAA